AUGGAAGUGCGGAAAGCGGUGGCAACAUGGGUUUGGUGGACUGCCAUAGUUGGAGCAGCUUGGGUAUGCGUGUCAACGGUGGAAGAUAAAUACACACUCCGCUACAACACGGUGAGUCUCACCACCGUAAAUGCCACCAGGGAAAGCUACACGCAGUUUAUGGAAGCUCUGAGAGCUCAAUUGGCAAGUGGAUAUGAGAGUCAUGCAAUACCAGUGUUACGCGAUCCAUCCACAGUGCCCGAUUCCCAGCGGUUUGUUUACGUGGAACUCUCAAAUUGGGCAUCGGAAUCUGUCACAUUAGCAGUAGAUGUCACCACUGCAUAUGUGGUGGGUUAUCGGACGGGAGAUUGGGCCUUCUUCUUCUCGGAUGCUAUUUGGGCUAGAUCUACUGAUGUUUUCCCAGGCCUGCAGCGAGGCACGCUUGCAUUCGGUAGUAGCUAUACCGAACUUCAAAGAUCUGCAGGCCGAAACAGAGAGGACAUCGACCUGGGGAUCGGGGCACUAGACGAAGCCAUCUCAUCGGUUGGUAGGACCGGCGACGUUCCGAUGAGCACCCUGGCUCGUUCCCUUAUAGUUUGCAUCCAGAUGGUUUCAGAGGGAGCGCGAUUUAAAUAUAUCGAGCAACGGGUGCGCCAAAGCAUUGCAAGCGGCGGAGCCUUUCGCCCCGAUGCUAGCAUGCUCAGCCUCGAGAAUAACUGGGGAGCCCUCUCCACUGCAAUCCAGGAAUCCAAUCAAGGAGUUUUUUCCGGCCCAGUUCAAUUACAAAGACCUGACUAUAGCACGUUCAAUGUGGACAGUGUGACGUUAAGCAUAAUUAAAAACCUGGCAUUCAUAGUGUUCGCAUGCAAGAACCAAGCAUCUCAGUUUUCUCCGCUUAUUAUAAGGUCUGUCGUCGCCGAGGAUGACGAUACUUGUGCACAUCCAGAGCCCACGAUACGCAUCAGCGGUCGAAAUGGUCUAUGCGUCGAUGUGAGGGAUGGACUAUACAACGACGGAAACCCGAUACAGUUGUCGCCGUGUAAAUCUAAUAUGGACGCGAAUCAAUUGUGGACUUUGAAAAGGGAUGGGACAAUUCAAUCUAACGGCAAGUGCUUGACCACCUAUGGUUAUAAGGCAGGAAGCUAUGUGAUGAUCUAUGAUUGCACCACUGCCGAGACUGCUGCCACCCUUUGGGAAGUAUGGGACAAUGGAACCAUCAUAAAUCCUCGGUCAGCACUAGUCUUGACCGCACCGUCGGGGGAUAGUGGCACGACACUCACCGUGGAGACCAACAUCUAUGCUUCCCGUCAAGGCUGGCUCGCCAGCAAUAAUACACUACCUUUCGUGACAUCCAUUAUUUCGUUUAUGGAUCUCUGUAUGGAAACGGACACAACCAACGUGUGGUUAGCGAAUUGUACGACUGACAAGAUAGAACAAAAAUGGGCUAUCUAUGCAGAUGGUUCUGUACGGUCUCAGCAGAACCAAGAAGAAGCCUGCCUCACCAGUAAUGGUCAUUCCGAAGGUGCGAUUAUCACCAUUGCCGAUUGUAAAAACGGGUGGGCUAGCCAACGCUGGUCGUUUACAACCGAAGGCACCAUUUUGAAUUUGUACAACGGAUACGUGAUCGACGUGAAAGAAUCCAAUCCAAGUCUUCGGCAAAUAAUCCUGUGGUCGUUCACUGGGAAUCCUAGCCAGAAGUGGCUUCCAAUGCCUUGA